AUGAAUGCAUAUCUAUCAUUGAAAGCAAGAGGCAAACAGAUCCUUAUUGAUACGGUCGAUCAGAUUAGUAAACUUCCAGAUAAUGUGUUGGUCAUGAUCCUCAAAGAAAUGUUAACAGAAGAUGCGGUCAAAACAAGUGUCUUGUCUAAAAGAUGGAAGACUGUAUGGAAGCAAGUGCCAUAUGUCUUGUUUGAUAUGCAAAAAUCUUUCUUAACAAUUAUGGAACCUUUGCCCACUCAUUCUAAUCGUGUUGCCAAACUGAUAACCGAGGAUGUAUCAGUUAAUAUGAAAACCUUAGAUAACUCGAGGCAAACAACAAUCUCAGAUUAUAAAUCCAUGGUGGAUAAGACAACAGGAAAAACUCUAUGA